AUGGUUUCCUUCUCCUGCGAGGCUUGCGGUGAUGUUCUCACCAAGAAGAAGCUUGAUCCGCAUCGCAACCAGUGUCGCGGCGCCUCCUACACCUGCAUCGAUUGUAUGGUGCACUUUUACGGAACGGAAUACCGCGCGCAUACGUCGUGCAUGUCCGAGGCGCAAAAAUACCAGGGCGCGCUCUACAGAGAGAAACCUACCAAGAACCAGCGCAAGCAGCAGAACAAUGGCCGACAGAACCAGAACCAGAACCAGAAGCAAAACGGCCAUGGUCACCGGGCACCCUACGUCGAAGAUGCGAAUGACACCGAUAACCCGCCGACUGCUCCCACGCCCCCAGUGGCGGGUGCCGACAAGACUCCGGCUCAGAACGGCGACAAGCAAGUCAAUGUCUUCGAUUACCUGGUCGCGGAGAACACCCCGAAUCCAUCCAAGGUCUCUCUUGGCGGGUCCAAAGAGCAGAUGAAGAUGGUCGACAACGCCCCGUCUGUGUUCGAGCCCAGCAAAUCACUGACUCGCGCCGACACGGAUGCUGAAGAGAACAAGGCUUAUGAUGUUGCGUACGAGGAGAACGGCUACUCCUACGGGACUGGACCCAUCAACCAGUCGGUGUAUGAGGGCAAGGCGCCGAAUGUCUCGGAGGAGUUCAUGACCCCUGCGCCGAAGAAGAAGAAGGACCGCUCGGCCAAGGCUACCACCACCAGCGAGAAGAAGCGCAAGCGUCGCACCGAAGACCACGACAUGGAGGAUGCCGACACCCCGAUGCUGGAUGCGCCGUCCAGUGUUGUGAACCACCCGGGCACCCCUAUGCUUCAUUCUGGCCUGACCGGAGGGUUGGACCGGAUGCUCCGCUCGCCGUCGGCGGAUGGCGAGGACCACCCCCGCCGGCGUUACCAGGACCCAUCGUCGCCUAUCAAGCGUACCCGUCGGGACGCCAAGGACAGCAACGGCGACGCAGGCCUCGGUAUUUCGAUGAAGAACCGGGCUGAGCGUCUGGUCUCGUCGAUGUUCGGCGGCUCCUCCGUAUCUGGAAGCAGUGUCAACAGCCGUGAACCCUCGGCCAAGGCUGCUCGGCGUGGCUCAGACAAUGGCGAGGCAGAGGGUCGUCGCUCGAAGAAACUGCCCAAGGUCCGCGGCGCCGAAUCCGAUGCGAAGAGUAAGCGUAAGAGCAGCGCUCAGACGGAUGGGGAUCGGCCAUCCCGUCGCGUCAAGCAGAUCGAGUACUCCGACUCGCGUCAAGGCGAUGACGGCCGGGAGGUGGUCGUCUACCAGCAAAGCAGCGUCCCUGAUGGCUUGCAGCGACAGAUGGCCGCUCACUUCCUGUCGCUGGUGAGCAAGGGGCCGGAGAGCACACGGGGAUUUUCAGUGAACAAGGUUCUGAAGCGCUUCCACCGUGACUUUACGGACGAAUUUGACGACGACCGUGGACGGGAUCAGGGUCGCGGUCGGGCGGACCGAGAACGGCGCAUGGAUGAUGAGAAGGAAUUGUGGCGGACGUUGCGGGUGAAGCAGAAUGACCGGGGCGAGGUGGUGCUUUUCUUUUGA